AUCGUGCCUGACAACAGGAAACGAUAGCGCUUUCCAAUCCAAAACGAACCAAUCAAAGGGUUGGUAGAUGGAAAGAGGGCAAGGAAAGGAGUUUGAUAAUCAAACAUAGUCUCAAUGGAAACCAGACCAAACAAAUAAAAAAAAGGGGAAAAGCUCGGUGAUCUGAAGUUGGACUGCUUGAGAAGGAAAAUGCAGGAAGCAAAGCGGAAAAAAAUGUAUAUGUCUCGUUUACCUCUGCACGAUUAAGGAAGAUUGAUCUUCUCCAAGCCGGCCGCGGUAGAAAAGGGGGAGUUGGCGAGAGACUGAUCAGGCUCGGGCCGUACAUUGUUGACCGUCUGCCGACGAGGAGUACAUCAAAGGCAUUCGAAGGUCUGAUAAGUCGUUGCGAUCGAUCGGGUUUCGGGGCAGAGUGGUCCGUGGAGAUUCGGAGACGUCGAUUAGGAGAAAAAUGGUGGAGCCGAAAGUUAUCUACACAGCACAAGAAUCGAAACAACAAGCAAUGGAUGACCCGGAGCAAUGGAUGGACGAGGAAGAUGAAGAAGACGAAGCUGAACAGUUGGAAUUAAGGAACAAAUUGAGGAGCGCUCGGUGGUAUAGUCUUGCACCAACUCGUGAACAAGCUUUGAUCACAGGAGCAUUUCGAAAGUUGCUUCCGAAAAUUUCUGGAUACGUCGAUCGAUUUCGUAUUACCAACAGCAAGUUAAAAAUGUCGCCCGACUUCAGUAGCCAUUGCCAUCGAAUCAAAGAGAUCCUUUUGCCGUGUAUGCUAGAUAACCUGUUCCGCCUGUGUGCUCUUCUGUUCAGUCCCGCCCACUUUAAGCGAGAGGUAUUGCCCGAGUUUCAAGCCGGAUUGUACGCCCUGAAAGGAAUUGAGGAGGCUGUAGAUCAAAUUUCUGCCGCAAUGAUUUCGUUUUGGUUGCCCGAGGAUACCACGACGAAUUCUCACCCAACGGAACUCCCAGACAUCAAACAUUAUCGAUGUGAACUCACUCAAUCCAAGACAGCCGAUAUCAUGAACAAAUUGACCAUAAUACUUGACCUAUAUGGUAGCAUGUUAGGUGUCUCGAUAGGGCUAUGUGACAUUGAAGUAGUGGAUGAGACAUGGAUGUGUAUGGUUGACGGUACUCGCCUGAUGCGGGAUGGUGUAAAUCAGCUUAUCGAAUGGUUCAGAUUAUCGGAUCAUGGGGUUCUUCAGGAUCAGUGGCGGACAAUGGCUGAAGAAGCUGAAGAACUGCUACAACACUUGGCAGAAUUACCGUCCUUGAAUUCCAGCAUACAAAUACAACGAGACUCCAUUGCACUUAUCAAGGUGUCAAGAUUGUUUUUCAAGAAGAUCUCGCAAGUGACCAAGAGCGAAUUCCACCCGAUCUGGCGGAUGACCCCAAUCCAACUCGCACAUUUUAUGGACUCGACCCGCUUUUUCCCGAGCGUCCUAGAAGCUUUUGUCUACAGCAUCGAACAUGAGCCCAAUCCUCAUGAUCAUAAUAUUGAAAUGGAGCCGACUAAUGAUCUCGUCAAAUAUUUUGAAGAGCCCAUCCGGAUUUUAAACGACUACUUGGAAUCAGCUCAUCAAGGCUCUAAUCCUACUCCGACUCAAGUCCAGUCACAUCACGAAUUUUGCGAAUGGCACACAACGUGGAACAAACAAUUCACCUUAGCUGUUGACCGUUUCCAAGCUACAUACAGAGAGGUGCAUUCAGGUCUUCAAGACCGGGAAGAUCAGGUUUGAUAAUUACAAUUUGCUUUUCAUUUCUUAACAUUUUGUACUAGAUUAUGGUGGAAUAGUCCUCCUGGAGGAAACUUAUCAUUUAUAAACUUCUUAUGAUUCUCUUUCUGUUUUAUUUCGCCUUGUUCAGUCAAUUUUUUAUUUUAUUUUUUACUUGUUUCAAAAAGCUAUUGUAUUCGGAGCUAGCAUGUACUUCAAAACUUUCAUGUUUUAUCUUACUCGACAAAGGCUUCUCGUAGUCGUUAUUGCCCAAUGAAGUUAAAUGCUGCCAGCAGUAAUCCCCCCAG